UCCACUCACUUUGUUCUCCGCCUUUGUCCUAAUCCACACCAGCAGGUGGAGCCGCAGUUAAAGUUUCCGAGUCCAUUCCGGGAGCGGGAGCCCAUCUUGCUCGCCGCCGAGGCCCUCGCUGGAGGAGGAGGGUCAGAGCUCGGGUGCAGCCAAUCGCGGGCAACGCUGCUAGUUAUCAGAGCAGAAUGGGCUGUAGUUUAGUGAAAUAGGAAAGCUGCAAAACACUGUGGAGUGCUCCCGUGUAAAUAAAAAGAGGAAAAAAAAGUUUCUCAAGUCGCCGCUGCACGACGUCGGGCAGGCGCCGGGGCGGGGGUCUGCGCUCUCCCGAGCGGCCGCGCGCUGGACUUUAUUGUGCCGCAACAAGCCCCCGUUCCCAUUGUUUGUGCUUUUUUCAAAAUAUGGCAAAGGUUCAGGUGAACAAUGUAGUGGUGCUGGAUAACCCGUCUCCUUUCUACAACCCGUUCCAGUUCGAGAUCACCUUCGAGUGCAUCGAGGACCUGUCUGAAGACUUGGAAUGGAAAAUUAUCUAUGUGGGCUCUGCAGAAAGUGAAGAAUACGACCAAGUUUUAGACUCUGUUUUAGUGGGCCCUGUUCCCGCAGGAAGGCAUAUGUUUGUAUUUCAGGCUGAUGCACCUAAUCCAGGACUCAUUCCAGAUGCAGAUGCAGUAGGUGUAACAGUUGUGCUAAUUACAUGCACCUAUCGAGGUCAAGAAUUUAUUAGAGUUGGCUAUUAUGUAAAUAAUGAAUAUACUGAGACAGAACUAAGGGAAAAUCCACCAGUAAAACCAGACUUUUCUAAGCUUCAAAGGAACAUUUUGGCAUCUAAUCCCAGAGUUACAAGAUUCCACAUUAAUUGGGAAGAUAACACAGAAAAACUGGAAGAUGCAGAGAGCAGUAAUCCAAAUCUACAAUCACUUCUUUCAACAGAUGCAUUACCUUCAGCAUCAAAGGGAUGGUCCACAUCAGAAAACUCACUAAAUGUCAUGUUAGAAUCCCAUAUGGACUGCAUGUGACCACCUGCCAUCCCUUUAGUACAAAUUAAGCUAUAAAAACACACAGAACUAUUUGAAAUUCCGUAAGUACAUAGUCAAGACACAAUGUGAAGAAUUUGUUUAAAAACAUCCUGUAGAAAGUUUAUAAGAAAACCAGUAUUUGAGCAAAUUGUGGAAUAUAAAUACAACUAUUUUUAAGUAAUUUUUUUCUCUAAUGUGUUAUUUUAUUUGUUCUGAAACUAAUCUGAUUAAAGCAUAUAUAUUAUUUUCUUCUCUGCUAUAUGUAAUUAAAGCACUUAUAAAGAAAAAUAUAAACCAUUAGACCAGGUUGUAAAGCUGUCUUAGCCUUUUGGACAAUAAUCUUUGGACCACUAUUUUACUGGCCUUCAGAAGAACAAACUUCCGACUUCAACUAAAAUGUUUCUUUCUGUGAUAAACAGUUUGGCUUAAUAUGAGGGGCAAAUUUCCAUUCUUUUUUGUCAAUGUCCUUAAGGGAUUUGAAGUCCACUAUAUGCUACCACGAACUUUAGGACCUGAUUUUCUAGGCCACCUUGAAGCCUCUUAUGGCAACUAUUACACGGAAUGUUAGCAUUCAGUUUGGUUCCUAAGAUGAUAACAAAUGUGGUUAAUUGUUCUUAAGGUCCUUUGUUUUAUAACCAUUUAGGACAUCCGAAUACUCCUUGAAUCAUCCAUCAUUUCUACCCAGUGACUUCAGCAUGUCAAGAGCAGACAUAAAUGCGCUAAGUUUAAGAACAGGAUAUUAUAAUGACUUAGAUCUAUUCAUGAGAUUUAUAAAAAUACAAUGAACUUAACCCUUCAAAAUUGACUUGAUAGAUCAUCUGUUGUUGACAGUGUUUAUUUAAAAAAAAAAAAGUGGAUUUGGGAAGGUGUAUUUAGCUUUAUCAUAAUAGAUGAGUCACUAUUUUGGAAAAAUACCUAUUUUCACACAUGUGGUACUCUUCUCCAUAUCCCAUGACACUCAUGCAGAAUAAGAUUAGGCAUAUUUGUGGUUGACAUAUUUUAGAUAGCCUUUCCAGAUAAGUUUUUAAAAAGUAAUCUUGGAAAGGAAUCCAUUAACUAAGUGGGCCAAAAGGUUCUUUUUCUUUGAUGAGAGCUAGGUCCUUCCUCAAAGUUUCCUGUGCUUCAUUAAAUUAAGUGUAGAAUAUUCUCAUUACUCUUGCUGCUAAGCAAGACAUUAGCCAUAUGAUACAGUUAUGCAGUGCCUUUAUAUCUAAAACUUUUAUACUGCACUUUUUAAAGCUUUUAUUUUGAGGAAGGGAAAAGGGCAUUUUGUCUGAAUGUGGAAUUUAAGUUGUAUAUAUUUCCUGUCAUUCUAAAAAAGAAUUUGUGAAGGAAAAUUUUGCUAAAUGUUAAACUUUGAAAUUUAAUAUACCAGAUUAUCAAAAUACUGUCCACUAACUAGUUCAUAGAUUUUAAAAAUAAAAUACAUCCAACUGUUAAAACCAUAUGAAGAAAAUUUCAUUUUUGUCUAUUUGCAAUUAAGGAAAAUGUUAAAAUAUUAAAAUGAAAAUAAAAGUAAAAUUUCCAACAAAGAGCUCAGUGAUUAAUAUAACAAGAUAUGGGCUUGUUAGAAAUAAAGCAUAUAUAAAGCCAAAUUACCAAAUAAAGCAAUUUACUGCUGAGUUUUUAUUCCGACUAAUUAUAGUGACUGAUUUGUAUUAAUACCAAGAGUUAGGUUUUUACAUCAAUUUGUAAACAGCUAAUUUUCACAAAAGGUUAAGACUUAAGUUUUAAGUCUUCUUUCAGAAUUUUUAUGAUUCUAUAAGAUUUAGAACUCCAACUAUAGCACAGUGGUUUUAUUUUCCCCCCGUUUAGCUUCAUUUAGAGACACUAUAUGAAGUAUAGCUAAAAUGUUUGGAACAGUUUUUUCCUUUUUGAUCAUAGUAAAUAGUUCUUUCAUGAAAACAUAAACAUGAACCAAUUACUUACACCACAGAAGAAAGAAGCAAGUAGGCUGGAGGGAAUGAGGAUAUCAGUUGAGCUAGAAAUCUGAGGAGCAUGCAUGCACUUGUUCACUUAUAACCUUCUAUAACCUUAGGCUUCCAUGUGGUCUUAUUGUUUGGUUUUAAGAUUCGGGGUUUCUAAUUUUACCAAGGAAGUCUAUGGAAGCAAUUUUUGAAAUCCCUAAUUUUUUAAUCCCUGAUACAAAUAAAAAAGUAUAUGACUCUGAAACACAAGUAUUUAUAUGUUGUCAUGAAAAUGCACCCAUAUAGUGCAUCUUUAUUGUUGCAGUAUAUUCUGGUAUCUUUUAUUGUAUUUCAUUUUUAAAGUGCUGGUUUUGACUCCCUGAACUGGCAUUUAUGACUAAGGGACUGUGAUAUGCAGUUUAAAGAAAGGCUAGUCUGGCCUUUUGAAUAGAUGAGACUUAGCAAUAACUUUUCUUUCAUUCUAAAAUUUAUAUUCCCCGUACCUGUCUUUUGGAGUAUGAUCUUGAUGCUUUAAAAAAAGAGAAAAGUGCUAGGACAGUGAAUCAGCAGCCAUUCACUUGAAAACUGUCCAAAUGUUCUGAAAUUACUGGUAGCCCACCAGAUAGCCUGGAUGCAUUUCUUGGCCCUCCAUAUAGUUAACUUACGAAACAUUCCACAUAAUUACUUGGCAAACGUUUUUAUUUGUUUGUUACCGGCAUCAUUUUAUAAAGAACUCUAGAACCCUGGGUCAUAAGAAUUUUUAAAUGCACAUAAAGUGUUCUUUAUAUAUUCUUGCUUACUACCCUUCCAGUAUGCUGAACCUUGAGUUGCCUCUCCAUUCACAAAUCCCUUCUCA